AUGGAUCCAUAAUUAAGUCACUACACUUAAUUCUUCAUUGUAGUUACUAAUCUUUGCAAGACGAAUCAAAUCACUCCAGAACAGAAGUCCUUACUGAAAAGUAAUCUAACUCGAAAAGAGGAGAAAAUCUGUCGUAUGCUGAUAUAAAAUAGUGGUCCUGGCAAGUAUGAGUUGAAUAUGAACUUUUUAGAGAAAUGUAAUUGCGAGAAGCUCUGCUUGAUUACCUGGCUGCGUAAAACAAACAAAUACAGAGAAGGAGAUCGCAUAAAUCAAAGACAGUUCAUUUCAUGAAAGACGUAGCAGAGCAGGAAAAACAACCAGAAGUUGUCCCUGCUCAGGAAUCGUCAGCCCAGCCCUUGGCAAGUGCAGCAGCUGUCAUGAUUGAGCAACUGACUGGGGUCUUACAUAAACAUAUUGAUAAGCAUAGUUUGCUUGUACCAGAGGAUAAAGAGAAGCUGAUAUAACUGUGCGGCUUAAUUUCCAAGCUAACAACCGAGUAGGUUGAUUUAGAUGGAGUGAGUCCAUUUAGGGCUAGAUAUUCCUCGGAAAAUAGCAAGUUGGCUGAGAUAAGUGAGAAGGAUUUGGAUUCUAGUGACGAGGACGUCUACGAGAAAAUGGCAAAGGGAAUAGAUGAGAUCUAUAAGGAAUUAAAGAGUAUUUUCACUGGAAAUUUGCAUACUCAUUUACUGCUCAUGCAAGAGGACAUUUCCUAUGAAAAUUUAUAUCAAGUCCUUAAAUUCUUACUUAAAAUCCUCGUGGAUGCAGAUGAAUUCACCUUCUUCAUUCACCGGGAUAAAGAAUGGGAAGUGUAUUAAUCCUCCAAUGAUUCCAUCAAAGACGUAACACCUGAAGAAGCUCAGAGGGUAACUGAUGAAUUGGCAUACAUUCGUCCAUUCUGUAUUUACAGAAUAGAUCCAAAGCAAAGACAGUAUCCUUAAAUUGAAGAUACCUGCAAGACGAUUGGUUAUGCCCAAACAUCAAUUGUGAAGUUUUAAUUGCAAUUAAAGAAUUACGAAGUGUUAUUUUGUCUUCAUUGGACUGACAAAGACAAGAAGAAUAUUAAAAGGAAAUUCAUAAAGUACUUUGUAGAUUCACUAUAUAAGUUAUGCCAAUAUGUAUGGAUUCAACAAGGAUGUGACUCAUUUGGCAUAAUUUUUGGUGGAAACCAUCAUAACAGCCAAAGUCCAGUUCUUCAAUCCACUUAGAUUUGCUGACUAAGUUCAAGAUAUCGGAAUUAGUUUCAUGCGUAUAUCUAGAUUUUUGUUGGUCGAGGGAAUCGAAAAAGUCCUUAGCAUAAAAUUUGAGGUGGAUAAGGAACAAACUUUUUCAACAGAUGAGAAUAUCAAAAGGUUGAAAGAGACUUCGUGUGUCAAAAUAGAAUUAAAGGAUUCAAACCCAGUCACUUUAAGAAUAAAGGACAUGGACUUGAAAAAUGACUAGGAUCAACACUUAUAUUAAGUGGUAAUCAUUAUGCGCUUACAUGAUAGAUCAUUCAAACCCAAGAAAAAUAUGAUGGUUAUGUGAAGUUGUGUUAUGAAAAGUCAGCAUUUUAUAAGUAUUUCUUGAGAACAACAGAUUCUUUAUUAUUUGAUUUUAAUAAACAAGGAGAAUUGAUUUUCUUGAGUAGACCAAUCUCUAAAUCCUUAAAGUAUUAAGUUCUUUGAAUAUUUAUAGAGAAAGAUAUAAUAUCAACUUUGAUCCCAAAGCCAUUUUGUAUAACAAGAUUUCCUACUAGGAUAUCUUUGCUUAGAAUAGUAUCAUAUCGAACAUUGAGGUUAAUAUUUAGAACAUACACGAAAAUAGAAGAAAUCAAUAUUUGAGUAAUUUGGAGAAUCCUUAGUUUGAAAUCUUCCUUAAAGUUGUUGAUAAUGAUUUUAAAGGGUUUACUGUGAUUUUCCAUGAGAAUGAAGCCAGAAGGUUGAAACAAUAUUUCAUGGCAUUAAAAAUUGACAAUAUGACAAAUGAUGUCUAAAAGGAGGCAGAGGCUAAUAAAUCUUUAGAGGAGGACAUAUAAAAACAAAUAUUAAUUUAAUACAACAAACAUUAGACAUUUAAAUUUUUAAAUUAAUUGGAUGAAACUCAAGAUGUUGCCAAUUCUAUGAUUGCACUAUUCAUCCCAGAAAAUGAAUUAUCAUAGAUUAGACAUCGUAAGACUGAUGGUAGAAGUCCAGAGUAACAAAACAAAGAUUUGUAAAAUGACUAAUGGAUCAUACCUCCUCAAAAGAGCAAGAAAAUAGGAUCUAGUGUUUAUGUUAAGUGUUAGCAAUAAUUGGAAACAGUGGAUGCUAAUCAAUUCAAAGUGAAUGAAAAUGAUUCUUAAUUGGAUCUAUUUGAAUUUAAUAUCUUAGUUUUAGACUCAUCAUAGGAGAAGCAUAGAAUAGUGUAUAGCAUCUUAGAGAAGAAUGGUUUCAUCUCCUAAUACAAUUUAAACAAACAAUGUUUAGCUCAAUUCUUGAGUGUUUUGUAGAAGAAGUACAACAAACGAAAUAAUUCAUUUCACAAUUACGAUCAUGGAAUUGCUGUGAUGCAAAGUUCUCAUUUCAUGUUGUAAUGUGGAAAGGCAAAACAAUUCAUUGAUGAUUUCAGGAGAAUGUCCACCAUAAUCUCAGGUUUGUGUCAUGAUGUAUCACACACUGGCAGAACCAACAUCUUUAUGAUUAAUAGUCAAUCCAAGUUGGCUACUCGCUAUCAUGAUUCUAGUGUAAUUUAAACAUUUUAUAAUUCAAGCCUCUAGAAUAGCAUCAUGCUGCUACUACUAUUUUUAUGUUAAAGGAUCCUUCACUCAAUUUCUUGAACUCCUUAUCCAAGGAACAAACUCAACAAUUCAGACGAGUUCUUAUAGAUAACAUUUUAUAUACGGAUAUAAAGGUCCACUUCACAUUGUUAAAAGACUUUGAAAGUAGAAUCAAGGAUGAAGUCACGAAACCAUUUGGUACUGGAGAUGAUGAUCUAAAAUUAUUGACAGGAAUGAUUAUUCAUACAGCAGAUUUUAAUGGGGGAGCCAAGGUAUUUGAGAUCUCCAGAAUUUGGUCAGAGAGAGUUAAUAAAGAAUUCAGUGCAUAAUAUGAUGAAGAGGGCAGAUUAGGAAUUCCAUAAACACCAUUUUUGAAGGACCUUGACAAAUUGCAUAUUAUGGCUAAAUCUGAAAUGGGAUUCUUUAAAGUGAUUGUUAGACCCCUUUGGUUCACUUUGAAUACCUUCUUUGUAUUUCAAUAUCACAUUAUCUUAGGAUGGAUUCCUCCAGUAAAGCAUAACCAAUCUUGAUAACACCAUUAUUAGUUGGGAAAAAAUCUAUCAUGCUAAUCUUCCUAAAGAGGAGAGAUAACAAUAAUAAUAAUGA